AUGUGUCGUCCCUAUAGGCUCCCUAUAGCGACGACCUGUCGUCACCGAAGAGUUGACCAAAUUUUAUUGACUCUUGAAGCUACCGGGAUGACAUCUUGUCUCAACAUGUUAAGCGGGAAAAGAAAGUGGGUCGUCCCCGUAGGUUAUGAUCUGAGAAUCCGCUUCCCUUUGGUGAUCUCCGGUCUCGGACUUCUCUGUAGCUCAUCGAUUAGUUUGUCUCAGGAUCCAUCUCCCCCUUCAUCACCGGUGUUUAACCUAACCCUUAACACUAGUUCAUUAACGCCUCCAACUCCAUUUCUCGUUCGUUCAAGAUGCGAUUUUCUCACAUCGAUUCGAAAAUCUCCAUCACCAGUUCUCGUUCCCCAGCUUAUCUUCUGUGAUUCAAAGAUACAAUAUGAGGAUGUUGAGGAGCUCAUAACAUUAUCACCUGAGAAAAUCUUAUUGAAAUGGAUGAACUUUCAUUUUAAGAAAGCAGGCUACACAAAAACUGUAACAAAUUUCUCUGCAGAUAUAAAGGUGAGCACCUACGCGUUGCUGGUUGAAGAUGUACUUGAAGUUGUAUCCAAUACAGUUGUGGUGCAUGAAGCUGCAGCCUCACGCAUACAACGCCUAACUAAGGUAAAUAAGGGGUUUUGGGGUGGCUAGAGAGUGGGGUACUCAAUGGAAGAUCUU